AUGUCGAGGCUUGUGAUCCUCGGCUACAGAAAAGGAAUACAAGAAGUGGAUCUAUGGAAUCUGAACCCAAGAGAUGCUUGCCGAACUCUGGUACCUCCCUUUGAAUCCCAGUGGCGGGACGAGGUGACUCGGGUCAACACAGUCAAACCACAGAUGAAAAAACAAAAACAAAGGGUAAACACAUCUAAUUAUUCCUAUCAUAAUGACUACCGGGAAAACUCGCCAUUGUUGAAGAAGCAUCACAUCAACAUCAGUACCAGCGCUACGUCAAGUUACACGGACUCACUGGAGAAAAUUCAAGAUGGCGACACUUCACGUGGACGCCCGUCGCUAUUCCGAGUCCUGUGGAAGCUGUACGGAACACGAAUAAUGCUGAUGUCGACUUUAACAUUAACCAGCGAUACACUCAAACUUGCAGGUCCAUUGAUACUGAGUGCCCUCAUUAGCUUUGUCUCGGACAAGUCUGACCGGGAGGCCUGGUGGGGGUAUGUCCUGGCCUCCACGCUGUUGGCUCUACAGCUGCUCACAAGUGUCAUCGGACAGGCGGGCUUUGCCAUAGCAACCGUUCUGGGAAUGCACAUUAAGACCACGUGUAUCUCAGCCGUGUAUAAGAAGGCGUUAACACUGAACAACGAGGCAAAGAAAACCACAACGACCGGUGAAAUCGUCAACCUGAUGUCAGUGGACAUUCAACGUAUUUGUGACGUCAUGACGAACCUCGCCCUCCUCUCGUCCGUGCCUAUCCAGAUCGUCGUGUCCAUCGCCAUGAUCUACCGGACAAUAGGUGCGUCAGUGUUCUCCGGUCUGGGCCUUCUGCUUUUCCUACUGCCUCUCAACGCUGCCCUCAGUGGACGUCAGAAGAGACUCCAAACCCUGAAUCUCCAGCUGAAGGGCGAGCGCAUCAAACUACUGAACGAAGUCCUCAAUGGGAUCAAGGUGCUGAAGCUGUACGCGUGGGAGACGUCUUUCAAGCGGAAGGUGGAGUCUGUGCGGAGGAAGGAGGUGGACGUGCUGCUGAAGAUCUCCUACCUGUCCGCGGGUCUGGGCAUCAGCUGGACAUUGGCGCCAUUCCUAGUUGUCCUGGCAACGUUUGCAACGUACAUCUUCAGCGACCCCACCAACCAGUUAGACGCCAACAAAGCCUUCGUCACCCUCUCCCUCUUCAACAUCCUCCGUGUCCCCAUGAACCUCCUCCCCGGGAUCAUCACCACCGCAAUACAGGCUUUCGUAUCUACCCGGCGAGUCAACGAGUUUCUGUGUACUGAAGACCUUAGUCCUGAGAACGUGCAGACUGACCACCAAUCGGAUUACGCAGUACAAAUAAUUAACGGAACAUUCACCUGGGACAGGACCAUGGAGCCCACGCUUACAAAUAUUAACCUGAAUAUCCGCGAGGGGGCGCUGGUUGCUAUCGUGGGCCAAGUGGCUUCUGGGAAGACAUCCGUCAUAUCGGCGAUCCUGGGCGAGAUGGAGAAAAUAUCAGGGACCGUCACAGUUCAGUCAUCUACAGGGUACGUGCCACAACAAGCCUGGAUACAAAACUGUAGUCUCCGGGACAACAUCGUGUUUGGAAAAAGAUGGCGGGAGAAGAAAUAUAAGACCGUGAUUGACGCAUGCGCACUAAAAGAAGACCUUGCCCUUCUCCCUGCUGGCGACCACACUGAGAUUGGCGAGAAGGGCAUCAACUUGAGCGGAGGUCAGAAGCAGCGCGUGAGUCUUGCACGUGCGGUUUACAGCAAUUCGGAUAUCUAUCUGUUUGAUGACCCUCUGAGCGCCGUGGACAGUCACGUGGGAAAACACAUCUUCAAGAACGUCAUCGGCGCUAAUGGCUUACUCCAUGGCAAAACCCGGAUCCUGGUGACACACGGCGUCCACUGGCUCCCCAUGGUGGACCACAUCAUUGUCAUGAAUGACGGUGACAUCACAGAGACCGGAAGUUACGAUGAGCUGAUGUCCCGUAACGGCCAUUUUGCCCAAUUUCUGCAGGAAUACCUCAUUGAUAGGAUAGAUGAGGACGAGGAAGAGGACGAGGAAAUCCAGCAGAUCAGGGAGAGAAUGCGGGACAGGCUGGAACUCCUCAUGUCCGACUACAGCUCCUCUGACGACGGUUACAUGAGGAGAAGAAGGAAAAUGGCGGAGUCGAAGUCGAUGUCGUUAUCCCGGAGUGUAAGGAGUCGAAAACAACAAGGGGUCGUGAAGAGUGGGGCUCUGACGGAAGAGGAGAACGUUCUAUACGGACGGGUAGGCAGCGUCAUCAGCUCAUACGACAUCGUCCUUGAUGAAGGAAUUAUGAGAUCCUUGAUUCAGGCAGUGAAGUGGGGCGUGUUCCUGAUGUACGGAAGGGCGGCGGGGCUACCUUCGGUCACAGUGGCCGUGUUGCUGUUCCUUGCAUACCAGGCUAUCAACUCUUGGUCCGGCUUCUACCUCACUGACUGGACAGAGGAUCCUAGACUGACCAACGCUUCCGCCGUUACCUCCCAGACGUUUGUCGACGUGAAUCACAGAUAUCUUGGACUAUACUCCGCCUUCUCCUUAUACAUGCUUGUCGUUGUCACGGGGUAUGGCUAUCUGCUUCGGGUGCGGAUGGUGAGGGCGGCCGCUCGUCUCCAUGAUGCCAUCCUCAGCCGCGUCUUCAGGUCGCCUAUGUCGUUCUUCGACACCACGCCUUACGGGCGUAUCAUCAACCGCUUGUCACGUGACGUUGAGACAAUCGACAACACCCUACCUUUAAUCAUCAGGAUGCUGUUGUCCACACUCUCCAACGUCGUGGCAACUCUCAUCAUCAUCAGCGUCAACACCCCCUUCUUCAUCUCCGUCUUGGUUCCGCUGGUUAUAUUAUACAUAUGCAUACAGAACUUCUACAUCCCGACGUCCAGGCAACUGAAGCGUAUCGAGUCCGUGACACGCUCCCCAAUCUACAUCCAUUUCAGCGAGACCAUUACCGGCGCAGGCAGCAUCCGCGCGUAUGGUGCCGUGGACAGAUUCAUAGAAGAGUCCAAGAAGAGAGUUGACAAAAAUCAAGUCUUUUACUUUGCCGGUCUGAUGGCGAACAGGUGGUUGGCCUACUAUCUUGAUAUGAUCAGCAGUUUCAUAAUCUUCGCUUCCGCCAUCUUUGCGGUUGUCUCCCCCGGGACCAAUGGUGGGAUUAUAGGGCUCUCUGUGUCGUACGCCCUUCAAGUGGCGGGGUCGAUGUCCUGGAUGGUGCGGCAGUUGAGUGACCUUGAGACCAACAUCGUGUCGGUCGAGAGGGUCAAGGAGUACGCCGAGCUUGAGACAGAGGCGGACCCGAUAAUACACAACAACCGGCCUCCAGUGGAAUGGCCUGAGUAUGGGAGGGUGGAGUUCAUCAACUACAUGACCCGCUACAGGCCCGGGCUGGACCUAGUGUUGAAGGGUCUGCACUGCACAAUAGAAGGAGGAGAGAAGGUGGGAAUUGUGGGUAGAACUGGUGCCGGCAAGUCGUCCUUCACCUUGGCUCUGUUUAGGAUCCUUGAAGCCGCUGGAGGCUCCAUUGUGAUAGACGGGAUCAACAUUGCUGAGAUCGGGUUGUAUGACGUCAGAUCCCGACUGACGAUUCUUCCCCAGGACCCUGUUCUGUUUUCCGGGACCAUGAGGAUGAACCUGGACCCAUUCAACGAGUUCAGUGAUACCGAGAUAUGGCGGUCUCUGGACAGGGCGCAUCUGAGGAGGUUUGUGGUAGAGGUACCCGGCCAGCUGAUGUACGAGUGUGGAGAAGGAGGGGAGAAUCUCAGUGUUGGACAAAGACAGCUGGUGUGUCUUGCCCGUGCUUUAUUGCGCCACACUAAAAUACUGGUGCUCGAUGAAGCCACGGCAGCUGUUGACAUGGAAACAGAUUCCUUGAUUCAGAAGACAAUCAGAGAUGCAUUUGAUGAAUGCACCGUCAUCACAAUAGCCCACAGGUUGAACACAGUCAUGGAUUAUGACAAGAUAUUAGUGAUGGCUUCUGGCAGAAUACAGGAGACUGGUUCACCAGAGGACCUUCUGAAGGAUGGGAAGUCUGUAUUCUACGGAAUGGCAAAAGACGCCGGUUUAAUCUGA